AUGCCGUUUUCCGGGCCAUUUGCACAGAAGGAUACUACGAAGUUCGAACUCAGCUUUGCUGAUCUUGUUCUUUUAGGCCGUUCUCUCAACUCCUGUCAGGUGACAUUUUACAGUAUGUGUCCACAACAUGUUCGGUUACCUCUCAACCCAAGCUUUGCACCCUUCCCUCCUCCGCGCCAUGAACCCUCGGCUCCUCCAGCUCCUGUGCUUGACAACAGCCAAACCCGAAAGCGCCUUCUUUUCCCCUCGGAUAAACCAAUUCUAGCUCCGCGUGCAAUACAACCCCGGCCAACCACCAGUACAGCUUCGUUCAGCAGUGAGAGUGGCGCGUCAGCCCUAUUAUCACCAGGUUCGGAGAGCAUGCCACCCCGAGGUGAACCACCACGCAAGCGCGGUCGACCCAGCAAAGCCGAAUCAGAGAGACGAAAAGCAGCCGCUGAAGCUCGCGGAGAAACAUAUCCACCUCCGAGGCGAACUGGCUCCAACAAAAUGAAAGCCCCUUCUACACCAACCAGUCCCUCGACCAUCGAACCUCUGGCUGCCUCGUUUAUUCCUCAUGCCAGUGGUAGUCCGCACCCAAGUAUACUACGAUCUGAUCUGCAUUAUAUACCUCCUCCCGGAAGAACCCCGAGACUUUCAGGGCCAAAUGAGAAUGAGGGGAUUAGGAAUGCACCCCGUCGUGGCAUAGGACCUCCGAUGAGAGAUUUGCCCCGACCAACAGAAAUGAGCCAGGUACCACCUUCCUCACAAACACUAGAAUCAGGGCAGAGGGAAACGAUCCCACGCAUGGAUCCUGGUGAGCGAUCCUUUGAAGCACCCCCACCAGAUCGGAUAUCUUUCGGUGAUAGCAGUCGGAUAUCUCUCCUUCAUAGAUGCCCAGAUGAACCACCUAUCUCAGUUCCGGAGGUGCCUCUGCACACUUCGGUCGAGAAACGAGCCGAAUAA